AUGGCAGGGCGAAUCGCGGCGGAGGAACAGUGGUACAGUCUCUGGCCCCAGGAUGAGGAGGCGGCGCCGACGCCAUCGUCAUUCUUCGCCACAGCUGCAUUCCAGCCUCUCUCCAGAGCAGUCUGCCACUGGGUCUCCAAACCUGCUUGUUCUGUUUUGUCCCUGCCAGAAGUCCGCGUACCUACUGGUUCAGUUCUGUCUCCACCAGAGGUCCCCGUGCCUGCUGAUUCUGUUACUGUUUUUGCUGGGGGGGUCCGAGGAGCCCGUCCGGCCGUCACCGUCGUCUGCAGCGCCACCACCUGCGGCUCCCACGCAGUUACCUGCAGCGCCACCUUCACCCUCGCCUGCAGCGCCACCCUCACCCUCGCCUGGAGCGCCACACUCACCCUCGCCUGCAGCAUCACCACCCUCGGCUGCUUCCGUUGGAGGGCCCGAGGAACCCGUCCAGCUAUUACCGUGGCCUGCAGUGCCACUAACUGCUCCAUCACCUACGGUUUCCUCGUCGUCACCUGCAGUGCUUCCGGCAACUGCUACAACUCCGCGGCCAGCAGUAUCACCACCUGCUCCAUCGCCAGCGGCUUCCACAACGUUGCCAGUAAUGCCACCACCAGCUCCAUCGCCUUCACCUUUCACACCACCACCUGCAGCGUCACCCUCCACAGCUGCCACGCUGCAGUCUGGCUCCACAGCUGCCUUGCCUGGUCCAGCGUCUGCAUCAGCUUCAGCUUCGCCUGGUCCAGCCUCUGCCGCCUCUACACCGCUGUCCGAAACAGCUCAACCUGAACC